GUUAUUUUGUUUAAACGUCUCCGGGGUCUUUUCAGUUAAGCUGACUUUCGAAAGCAGACAUAGUACAAGGAGUUCAUAUUCCAAUGGCCGAAUACUACAGCCGAGACAAUAGCACACCAGUGGAUCGUGGUAACAUGGAGGUCUGUCACAAGUCCGAAGACAAUUCUGCUACGGUUGCUGGCAAAGAGUACCAUCAACCUCACUAUAACCAUGUAAACAAUAAGGAUGAUUGUCAUCUGAUUUCUGCAUCCAGUGAGAAGAGACAGUCACCUCAGACAAAAUAUGACUCUAGAGAUAAUGGUCGAAGUCGCAGUAGAAAGCGCGGACGACGUUCACAUAGUCGUGACCAUCGACGACGUAGUAGAAGUCGACGUCGUGAUCGUAGUAGGGGACAUAAAUCCAAACGGCACCAGCUUCGUCAUCGGUCUUCCUCUAACUCUACGUCAGCACAUAAAUACUGGGAUGUACCACCACCUGGUUUUGAACACAUCACGCCUGCUCAAUAUAAAGCGUUGCAAACAUCAGGUCAAGUACCGGUCAAUGUGUAUGCCGCAGGACAAGUGCCGAUGCCAGUUCAUGCUCCAAACGCUCCUCUAACACUUACUACCAAUGUACCGUUUGCUGGAAGUGCUGUAUGUAGGCAAGCUCGUCGUCUGUAUGUUGGAAACAUACCGUUCACAGCGACAGAAGAGAAUAUGAUGGAAUUCUUCAACAAGCAAAUGAGAGCUCAAGGUCUUAUUCAGGCUGAGGGUAACCCCAUAAUUGCUGUGCAAAUUAACAUGGAGAAGAAUUUUGCAUUUCUCGAAUUUCGUUCUGUUGACGAGACUACUCAGGGUUUGGCACUCGAUGGGGUUCUAUUCCAAAAUCAAGCACUCAAGCUUCGCCGACCUCGCGACUACGCACCGUUGCCCGGUGUUUCUGAACAACCUUCAGUCAUUGUUCCAGGAGUAGUAAGCACGGUCGUUCAGGAUUCGCCACAUAAGAUCUUCGUUGGUGGUCUGCCUAAUUAUCUAAAUGAAGAUCAAGUUAAAGAGCUGCUUCUGAGCUUUGGUCCGUUGAAGGGAUUUAAUCUUGUUAAAGAUGGUUCAACCGGUUUGUCGAAAGGUUACGCUUUUUGUGAGUAUGUGGACGGUAAUGUUACAGAUCAUGCAUGUGCCGGUCUAAAUGGUAUGCAGUUAGGUGAUAAGAAACUUAUUGUUCAAAGAGCUAGCGUCGGAGCAAAGCACACAACAGGUGUCUUGCCCCAAAGUUUACUGCAACUACCUGGCUUGGAAGAUGGCGCAGUCCAAAACACAACCGGCUCGGGCAACCUGACAAUCCGUAGUGGUGGACCACCAACGGAGGUUCUGUGCCUGAUGAAUAUGAUAGAGACAUCAGAGUUGGAAGAUGAUGAAGAGUAUGAAGAUAUAGUUGAGGAUGUCCGUGCAGAAUGUAGCAAGUACGGGGUCGUACGAAGUUUAGAAAUACCAAGGCCAAUUCCUGGAAUUGAGGUCCCUGGUGUUGGAAAAAUAUAUGUCGAGUUCGCCAGCCUAAUCGAUUGCCAGAAAGCUGCAACCGCUCUAACUGGUCGAAAGUUUAACCAGCGUCUGGUCGUCACCUCAUUCUUCAGUCCCAAUAGUUAUCACCGAAGAGAAUUCUAACAGACUAGCGAUUGUUAUCUGUAUAUAAAAGAAACAUAGACCGUUAAAUUAAUUGUAUUUUAUUCUGUUAGUAAUACUGAAUUGUGACAUUUGAUGAUUUAUUAAGAGUUUACUUAUUGUAUUGUGACUGUUUGGUUGCGAUGUAAUAAAGCGGACAUAAACAUAUUAAGAGGUUGGU